AUGACGGUUUUCAAGAAAUCCAGGCCUGACUCGCAGCAGACCAUGACCGGCCUCGAUGACGACGAGGAGUACGGCCAGAAAGGCCUUGUUGAGCCCCGGUAUAUGGGCACUCUGGCUGACCAGCGGGAUAUGAAUGCUCUUGGUCGAGUGCAAGUUCUUCGAAGAAAUUUCCGCUUUAUCUCCAUUGUUGGAUUUGGCUGCACUUUGAUCUGCACAUGGGAAGUCAUCUUGACAUUGUUGGCGGCUGGCUUGACCGACGGCGGUACAGCGGGCUUGAUAUGGGGAUUCAUCGGCGUCUCAAUAGGGUUCACCCUUGUCUACGCCAGCAUCGCUGAGAUGGCCUCAAUGGCCCCCACUGCUGGUGGGCAGUAUCAUUGGGUGUCAGAAUUCGCACCCAAGAGGGGGCAAAAGUUCCUAAGCUAUAUCACAGGAUGGCUUUCUGCAAUGGGAUGGCAAUGCGCCAUCGUAACCAUAGCCUACCUUGCUGGCACAAUCAUCCAAGGCCUGAUCGUCUUGAACCAACCAGACUAUGAUUUCCAGCGAUGGCACGGUACUAUGCUAGUGAUUGCCAUUUCGACUUUCUCAAUUCUAUUCAACACCUUCCUGGCCAAGAACCUUCCCUUCGUGGAAGGACUGAUCUUGAUCAUCCACGUUGUUGGUCUGUUCGCCAUCAUCAUCCCAUUGUGGGUACUUGCGCCGCGCAACAAUGCCCACGCAGUCUUCACCACGUUCAACAACGGCGGCGGGUGGAAUAACCCUGGGACUGCGACGCUGGUCGGAUUGUCGACGACUAUUACAUCCAUGCUUGGGUAUGACUGCUCUGUUCAUAUGUCCGAAGAAAUUAAAGACGCAUCUGAAACACUCCCCAAAGCAAUGAUGUCCUCUGUCGCCGUCAACGGUGUGCUAGGGUUCAUCAUGCUAGUCACAUUAUGCUUCACACUGGGCGACGUCGACAAAGCCCUGAACACCCCGACAGGAUUCCCAUUCAUUCAGAUCUUCUAUAACACCACCGGAAGCAUCGCUGCAACAAACGCUAUGACAGCCGUGGUGGUCGUAACCCUAAUCGCCAGUACCAUCACCGAAGUAGCCACGGCGUCGCGGCAGCUGUGGUCUUUUGCGCGUGACGAGGGCCUGCCCUUUUCGUCGUUCUUCGCAUAUGUCACACCAGGCUGGAACAUUCCUCUCAACUCCGUGUUGGUGUCUCUAGUUGUCACGAUCCUACUAUCAAUGGUCAACCUCGGGUCGCAGGUGGCUCUGAAUGCCGUAACCUCGCUAACAAUCACAUCCCUGCUAUCAGCGUACAUCGUCUCAAUCGCCUGCGUAUUCCUGAAGCGCGUUCGGGGCGAGCCGCUUCCGCAUCACCGGUGGUCACUUGGAAAAUACGGUAUGGCGGUCAACUUCGGGGCCCUGGCAUUUCUGUGUCCAUUGUUUGUCUUUGCCUUCUUCCCUCUGUCAACGGAUGUCACGCUUGAAACGAUGAACUGGAGUGUGGCGAUGUAUGUCGGCAUCGUUGGAUCGGCGUCGAUUUAUUACUUUGUUCGGGGGAAAGAUUAUUUUAUCCCGCCUGUGGCUUUAGUUCACAGAGACGAAAAUAGUUAG